AUGACAUCAGGAGAACCGUGGGUGUUGAAGAUGUCCAUCAUCGACUUGGAGGUGGCCUCGCCAACCCCCGGGGCCCUGGCGGCCAUCUUUGAGAGUCCCAGUGAUGACGAGGACUUCCUGGGUUUCGCCGUGCCAGUGCUGAGUGACAGCGAGUCAGACAGCCUAGCCUCCGAGGACUCUGGGAAGCCGGCCAUGUCUUUCAGGUCAAAGUUUGUGACCUCUGAGUUGGUUAGUCUGUUUAGCCAUUCCGACAAUGAGGGGGAGGAGUUUGAGGGCUUCAGUGAGGAAGAGGAGGAGAAGAGGGGUUCCAGAAGCAGGACGAAGGCUAUGUGCAUAGCGGAGGAGAGUGAUGAGGACACAGGGUUCUACUCCGAGGGGGAGGAGCCAGACACACACAAGAGGAAGAGUCUCUGUGUUGCCUUCAGGUUUCCUACAAAAAGACUCUCUGCCCAGAAAGGGGAGGCACCAAUCAACGCCGCCCCUCCGGAGAGGAGAACCAAUGAGAGGCUGCAUCUGAAAAGGGGUUUGUCUCAGGAGUCCAGUGGGAGGGAGACACAGGGUCAGAAACCGCCCCCCCAAAAAGGGGCGGUAGGAAAAGAGACGAUGGAGGUCGAGUCGCGGGUUCUAAAUAAACGAGCCAAGAACAUCCAGGAGAACAAAGCCAUGUUGGCCAAGCUGUUUGCUGACCUGACCAACAUGUCUGAAGUCACCUCGUCUCCUACCAAGAAGAGGCGUGUGAGUGAGAAGCCGCCCCCUCGUAGACGAGGUGUGUGUGAGGGGAGCGAGAGGAGGAACCCAUCGCGUGCGGCCAGACCGCCAGAGAAGUUUGGGGUGGAGGAGCGCAGUACCUCCCCUUCACGACACGACCGAUCCGUGAGGACUAUCGACGUCGGGAAACUACUGGAGGUGGACGAGCUGGGUAGAAGCAGGAAGAAGAGGAGGGCGAGCAGCGGGAAGAAGAGGAGAAUUACCCAUGUGAGAUCAGUGGAUGAAAUCACAGAGGAAGAGCUGGACAACGUGGCGCAACGCGCCAAAGACAAGAUACUGGACAAGGACCACGGCAGCACGUGUCACCAGUGCAGACAGAAAACUCUGGACACCAAGACGGUCUGUCGUAGUGGAGUGUGUAUAGGGGGCAAAGGUCAGUUCUGUGGGCCCUGUCUGAGGAACCGCUACGGAGAGGACGUACACACCGCCCUGCUAGACCCGCACUAA